CCUGCCGGCUGCGGGCAGCGGGGCCCGGCAGGAGCUGCCGCCGCCCCCUCCCCCGCCGUGGGGCGCGGAGCGGGACCCGCCGCCGGCCGUGGAUUUCGGGGACACGCGGGAGGCGUUCCGCAGCAAGAGCAGCGCCGAGCUGCUGCGCGGACUCGUGGUGCUGGGGCUCUGCGCUGUGGGGCCGCUGGUGGAGCACAACCGGGAGCUGCUGCGGCUGUGCCAGCGGGUGCUAGGGCAGGCGCUAUUCGAGCGGCUGAUGAAGAUGACCUUCUACGGGCAGUUCGUGGCCGGGGAGGACCAGGAGGCCAUCAAGCCGCUCAUCCGGCGGAACCAGGCGUUCGGCGUGGGCGCCGUGCUGGACUACAGCGUGGAGGAGGACCUGAGCGCCGAGAAGGCCGAGCGCCAGGAGCUGGACUCCUGCACCUCUGCAGCCGAGAAGGAGAUGGGAGGAGCAGAGCAAAGGGAGAAGCAAUACCGAGCCCAUCCAGGAUUUGGGGACCGCCGUGGUGGGGUCAUCAGUGCCCGCACUUAUUUCUAUGCUGAUGAGGCCAAGUGUGACCAGCACAUGGAGACCUUCCUACGCUGCAUCGAUGCCUCCAGUGGCAGCUCUGAGGACGGCUUCUCAGCCAUCAAGCUGACAGCACUGGGCAGACCUCAGUUCCUGCUGCAGUUCUCAGAGGUGCUGGUCAAGUGGCGGAGGUUCUUCCAUCAGAUGGCUGCGGAGCAGGGCCAAGCCGGGCGGGCAGCACUGGAGAUGCGGCUGGAGGCAGAGAAGCUGCGGGAGGCCCUGGCCAACCUCGGCAUCGCGACCAAGGCAGAGACCCAGCGCUGGUUCACAGGCGAGAACCUGGGCAUAAGCGGCACCGUGGACCUGCUGGACUGGAACAGCCUGAUUGACAGCCGCACCAAGCUCUCCAAGCUUCUGCUUGUGCCCAACAUGAAGACUGGGCAGCUUGAGCCUCUGCUCUCGCGCUUCACUGAAGAGGAGGAUCUGCAGAUGAAGAGGAUGCUGCAGCGGAUGGAUGUUCUCGCCAAGGUAUCAGGUGCCCCCAUGAACAUACCCCACAUGUCACUCACCCCCCAGAGAGCCACAGAGACGGGCGUGAGGCUGAUGGUGGACGCGGAGCAGAGCUACUUCCAGCCCGCCAUCAGCCGCCUCACCCUGGAGAUGCAGCGCCGCUUCAACAGGGACCGGGCCAUCAUCUUCAACACCUACCAGUGCUACCUGAAGGAGGCUUAUGACAACGUGACGGUGGACAUGGAGCUGUCACGCCGGGAGGGCUGGCACUUCGGCACCAAGCUGGUCCGUGGUGCCUACAUGGAGCAGGAGCGGGAGCGAGCAGCCCAGAUCGGCUAUGAGGAUCCCAUCAACCCCACCUAUGAGAAGACCAAUGAGAUGUACCACAGGUGCCUGGACUAUAUCCUGGAGGAGAUCAAGCACAGCCGGAAAGCUAAUGUGAUGGUGGCAUCUCACAAUGAGGACACAGUGAAGUUCACCCUGCGCAGGAUGAUGGAGCUUGGCAUCCACCCCUCGGAGAAGAAGGUGUACUUCGGGCAGCUGCUGGGCAUGUGCGACCAGAUCACCUUCCCCCUGGGUCAGGCUGGCUUCCCUGUCUACAAGUAUGUGCCCUAUGGGCCGGUGCAGGAGGUGCUGCCCUACCUGUCCCGCCGGGCCCAGGAAAACAGGGGCUUCAUGAAGCGCGCGAACCGGGAGCGGGACCUUCUCUGGAGGGAGGUCAAACGGCGGCUCCGUGCUGGCACCUUCUUUAGCUCCAGCCACUAACCCCAACUGUGGCUCCAGCCCAGCACCUCUUGUGCCUUCACCUAUGCCCACUACUGCCAUUCCCCAGCCUACUCCUGCUGCAGUUGCCCUUGAGUUUCCCUAGGACAGGACAUGUCCUUGUUGCUCUUUGAACCGCACACACCUCCCAGAGGUCGCUACUGUAGGACUGCCCCAAGGGCUGUCCCCCCAUCUCAGGGGCUGUGCUGUGUGAGCACUGCCCUGGGGCUUUCCCAUUGUAACAGCAGGUUUGGCUGCCUGCUGCCUGCCAUGGGCUCUGGGACAAGCUGGUCUCAGCCACACAUUCCUCCAGCUUCAGCCAAGGCUGGGGCUUGUUUUGUUCCAUCUCUGUGGAGGCAGUGCCAUAGUGAACUGGGCAGGGGCAUGCUCAGUCCUUGCUGUCUGACCCAGGGCAGCUGCUACCUGGCUGCUCCCCAGCUUUGCACAGCCCACCCCACGGGGCUCAGCAGAGCCUGGGCUUGUCCAGUGGGGCAGGAGGAGUGGGGAGAGGCAGCCAGCCCCUGCCCUGCUCGCAGUCCCCAGCUCUGGUCAGGUCUGUGUUGCAGGCAGGGGAGAGCCCUCAGAGCUGGAGCACAGCUCGGCUCUGCUGUACACUGGAUUGAUGGAGAACGGUGAUGAUUAAACCGCAGCUGUUUUUGCUCCUCUCUUCUGUUGUUCACAAAA